AUGGAUAUCGCACGCGAAGUCGUGAUGGGUAAAAUUUACAAGGUCUGGCUCCAGUUCCCGGCGAACAAAAAGUCGGACCUAUUUGGGCAUGCAAGCUCUCUGAUCGAGCUGGUCCAGCAGAAGGGCACGGAAAGCGACGACAAUUUCCAGGUGCAGCACCCGCCGACUGGAUUCCACCAUAUUUGUUUUAGCAUCCCUGAUAUUACGCACGCACGACACCGUCUCGAAUCGCUGGGCGUCGAGCUGGUGGACAUUGGCACGCCCAAGAAUGACAUUAUUGUCCUCAAGGACCCCGACGGCUAUCCCAUCCAGCUCCUCAGUCAAGACUUUGACAAGCACGAGGAGCUCGAGCAAGCAUGCCGCGAGGUCGUGAUGGAUGGCGCACAGCAGGCCAUGGAGGACAUCAAGCAGGACAACAACCCCAUUACGUUGGAAGAAGCCGGUCUAUACCAUCCCUCGAAAGCCACAUAG